GAGACUGGGCGGAAAUAGUGAGGGGAAGUGUUAGGUAUGUACGAGUAGAAUCUAUAGAGGGUGUCGAUACUUCAAAGUGUUCCUAUGGCAUAGCCUAUGCAAGUACUUGACAUUGUAUAGUUAGUUAUGGAUUACCACACUGUGGACAGAUAAUGUUUCGCAACAAUUCGGGUACAGGUCACUGUGCUCAGUAAUUCAUGGCUAUAGACUGUAUAGCCUAGGCAGUUGACGGUGCUACCAGUGGCAGUUGCAGUGGUACAAAGUAUUAGUUACUUGUCCUGACUGGCCUGAGAUGGACUUCUUUCUGGCAUUUUGCUUGUUUGUGGUGGGGUGUGCAUUUGCUGCCCUGUAUGAGUUCAUUCGUCGCCUGGAGAGAGGAGAGGUCAACCUACCUAUUCGACCAGCCGCACGGCCCAAUGUAUUUUAUCCAGUGGAGCAGACGAGUAUGGUCUCAUCUAGAAACCCUUGGAGCAUAAAUGUUUCAAGCAGUCAGCGUUCGGUCAGCGUUCAGAGUCUCAUUCCAUUCUCGGUGCAGUGCUACUGGGACGUUGACCUGCCUGCACUGGAGACUGCGAUCCAGCGGAGCAAUGAAGAUGAGCAAGAGUUCUUGCAUAGGCGGCACAGCUUGCAGUGCUUUCUGAGCAGUGGAUGCUCCAGCCAGGACAUACUCAUGCCCAAUGCGCCUGCAGGAGACCAUCGAGUGCUCUCACACGCCGACACUAGCUCUCCUGUGAACUGCACCGUCGUUCUCUUCAUUUUGGCUGCAUCGCCGGAUGAUGCAAAGUCAGAGUACGAUGCUGCGGCAGUCGUGGCACACUUCUCUGUUUCCGCCGUACUGAAUGAUGAGCAGCGUCACGAGCGACUUUAUCGGUUGGACGCGCAAUGGAUCAUGAACUAUCAUGCUAUGGAAACUUAUAAGCUGCAGGUGCUUUAUUCUGCAGGCAGUCCAGUAUUAUCUGACGAUGGUCCUAACGCGGAUACUGGUAGCGAUGACCGUGCUGCGCAGGCGUCAACGUCAUCGGUGGACUACAAUGGCGACUCGCCCGCAGGCAGCUCGGCGGCCUGCGUUGUGUGCCAGUCUGCCGCGGCCACCGAGGCCAUGCUGCCGUGCCGUCACGUUGCGCUGUGCAGCAACUGCCUGACACGCGUGCACCUGUGCCCGGUGUGUCGCUCGAAAAUCCAAUCUCACUUCACCGUGGCCUAGUAGGCACACGGCGCUCAAAGUCGGCU